GCCUCGACGCCUUGCCCAGCGCCGCGGCGCAGGACUACCGGUGCUCCGCAAGUUGCGAGCGCACUCUGCGCCUAGGGAAACUUUACCCCGCGGCCGAGUCUCUGCCAGAGUUGCCCUGACGCUGUCAUCAGGAGUCUUCAAAAGGACCUCUCAGUUCCUUCUCAAAAAGGAAAAGGACAGCUGGAAGAGGACAAGCUGUGUUGCUGAGAGACAUACCUGAGUUCCUCUAACUAGGAGACUUCAUCCUGUCAACUCCUGGAGAGCUGCCCAGGUGAAGAACCAUGGAGGGCGACUGUCUGAGCUGCAUGAAGUAUCUGAUGUUUGUUUUCAAUUUCUUCGUGUUUCUGGGAGGCGCUUGCCUGCUGGGCAUUGGCAUCUGGGUCCUGGUGGAUCCCACCGGCUUCCGAGAGAUCGUGGCUACCAACCCCCUGCUGACCACCGGCGCCUACAUUGUACUGGCCAUGGGUGGUCUGCUGUUUCUUCUGGGCUUCCUGGGCUGCUGCGGGGCUGUCCGAGAGAACAGGUGUCUGCUGCUAUUUUUUUUCCUGUUUAUCCUGAUCAUCUUCCUUGUAGAGCUCUCAGCAGCCAUCCUGGCCUUCAUCUUCAGGGAACACCUCACCCGAGAGUUCUUCACCAAGGAGCUUACCAAGCACUACCAAGGCGAUAAUGACACGGACGUUUUCUCUGCCACCUGGAAUUCAGUCAUGAUCACAUUUGGCUGCUGUGGGGUCAACGGACCUGAAGACUUCAAGCUGGCCUCCGUGUUUCGGCUGCUGACGCUGGAUACUGAGGAGGUGCCCAAGGCCUGCUGUCGGAGGGAACCCCAGACUCGAGAUGGGGUGGUACUGAGCAGGGAGGAGUGCCAGCUGGGGAGGAAUCCGUUCAUAAACAAGCAGGGCUGUUACACAGUGAUCCUCAACACCUUUGAAACUUAUGUCUACCUGGCUGGAGCCUUUGCCAUUGGGGUACUGGCUAUUGAGCUCUUCCUCAUGAUCUUUGCCAUGUGCCUCUUCCGGGGCAUCCAGUAGGCCUUGGCCUGAAGACACUCAGCCCACCACUGCCCAGAAGCCAGCCCCCUCCCUUCCCUGUCCUCUGGCCCCAGGGGAGGAAGCAAGGCCAGCCUAAAUGGCCAGGAGCAUAGAGCUAAUUUUUUUAAAAAAAAACAAAACAAAGACAUGAACUGAAGGGACCUCACUUAAGUUCUGAGGCAAGGGACAUGAGCUCUACAAGGACCUAGGGCUGGCCUGGGACCAGCUGUUCCUGAGACCAAAGGUUCAUCAGCUUCAGAGCCCCUUGGCCCUGUCAGACUGGAGUGUCCUUUGGCCUGGGUCCCCUCUCUUAGCAUUUCCAAGAUCUGAGCAACUAGGAGGCAGAAAUCCGUCCUGGAGGAGAAGCUAAUGCUCAGGCCCCAAGGAGACUACUUUUUACAACACAAGGACAGGCUGCAGCGCCAUCUGCCGGAGAGUGAAGCUGUCCCUGCUCCUGACUGCUGGCUGAGGGUGGCUAUGUGUGGGCACUGGAUUGGAAGGUGGCUCUUUCAUUUCCUCAUAUUUUGGAUCAAAGCCUCUCCAUGGCCCAGGAAAAGGCAGUGGCCCAUCCAGUCAUACAGCAUGUGUAUGACAAGGUCAUCUCCAGGCUGCUGUUUCUCCAGCCAGAACUCCACCCUCCACCCCAAUGUAAACUGGCCAGGAACUGUCUGCACCAAGUUCUACAGCUGAGAAAAAUCCAUACUGUGUCCACUCUGCCCUGCUUGUACCUCUGUCAGAGAUCCAACUGUGAUGCAUUACCUGCCCCCGUGGGCCAUACCACACCCCUGUUCUCCCAGGUGGAAGACACCCCCAAUAUUGUUCAUUUCUCUCUUUCUACCCAGAGCUGAGGCUUGAAUGUGUUCUUUAAGGUCCCUGCCAAGCAUUCACCCCUUGCAUACCUCCACAUAUGGAGCUCACUACCUCCCAAUGCAGCCUCCUGCCUUCAGAUGCUCUGACAUCAUCACCUCAGCAAACAGAAGGGGUUUCCAUUUUUCCCUCUCUCUACCCCUUCACUCUCCUUCCUAGAGGUUAAAGUCAUGCCUCUUGUCUGCGGACUUAACCCUAUAGCAUCUCCUACCAUGACACUUUUUGACCUUUUGCUGUACAUGUAUUUUGUUAUUCUCCCUAGGCUCAGAUUACCCAGACUAACAGGUUUACAACACACACACACACACACACCAAAAACAAACAAACAAACAAAAACUUGAACUGAAGACUAGGUUAGCAACUGCUUGCAAGAUGCCUGAUCCUGCCAGGACCGUGUUGAAUCCAUUAGUGUUGUCUGUCCAGAUCUCAAGAUUGAUUAAUUAUGUCUGCCAAGGGCACAGCAGGGAGGCAGUGUGGAAGAACUAAGACCCAGGCUGAUUCAGAACCCAGUAGUACUAGACUCGAACUGUCUAGGAAGGCAAAUGGCUCAGCUGUUGAUUGGAAGCUCAUGGCCAGGCUGAGGACAGAGCCCAACCACAGCAGCUGGCACCCAGAACUAGCCCAGGCAUCCAGAGACCGGCAGGACUCGGACAGAGAGGGCUGAGAAGGCAGAUAUCAAGCCUAGGCAUUUCCAGAGUAGAUCGGAGACUCUCACCAGAACUUUCCACACUUAUGGUAAAGUGCUCUAAAGUAGCCAGAUUCAACCCAGCUGUGGAUCCAGCUCCUCAGAUAGCAUCCUCAUGGGACCAGACAGAGACAGUCUUCACCCUCUGAGGUUGCUAGUAGCCAGCUACAAGGCUGUCUUAGGACAUCCUGGUGGGGCUUGGUGAGCUGCUCUGUGUACUCCCAGGGGAGGGGAGAGGAGCCCUUAACUUCACCUCUCACCCCAGGCCCAACACCCUCACCUAGAUCCAAGACCCUCACCCAUUAGUGAGCAGUGAGCAGAACAGCCCUUUCCUGUCCCAGAGCCACUUGCCUAAGGGACAGCUGUAUCUGACAGGCAAGGAGCUAAGACUAGAUCUGUGGCUCGUGCUCCUCAGUCCCCUGUCCCAAGACCCUGGCCUACCAGGGUUCUGAGCCCAGCACCUUUACCUUUGCCCCUAGGAACUCUGUUAACACACACACACACACACACACACACACACACACACACACACACAUGCAUCAUAUGCUAAAGUCUAUUUUGGAAUUUGUCAAUGUCCCUCGCAGUAGGAAACAGAGCUAAUUUAUCACUGUAUCUCCCAAGUCCCCCCUUUUUAUAUUCUAUAUCAAGAGAAAUUUUGUAAUAUAAAACAGGACACCAAACAGA